GCAACAACAGUUUCGUCUCCAUCGUCAAGCAAGAGGACUACAUAGUCGUUUGUUGUAGAUAUUUAGAACUAAAAUUCAGUGUUCAAAUCGGCAAGAUGAUUCCACCGAAUGCUUCCCUGGUAAAAUAUGAUAACCCAGUUCUCGUGAGCAGGAACACAGACAAAAAAUCACCAAGGGCUCGGUCCCUCAAAGUUAGUCAACAGCAAGGUGCCGGAGGAACUGUAGCGGCAGGACCUGUACCUCAACCACCGCGAACGAACAAACUACCUCCAAUGGAUGCACAGAAAAAUCAACAAACUGAUGAGAUACUCAAUGCCAUUCUGCCACCCAGAGAAUGGACAGAAAAUGGUCAGUUGUGGGUACAACAAGUGUCUAGUACCCCAGCUACAAGACUAGAUGUUGUCAAUCUGCAGGAACAACUUGACAUGCGUCUUCAGCAGCGACAAGCAAGGGAAACAGGGAUUUGUCCUGUGAGGAGAGAACUUUACUCACAGUGUUUUGGUGAGUUAUCUGACUGUUGGAAUAAACUUUACUUUAGAGUGCGUGAUGAGAUAAGGAUGACAAUUGCUGCCUAUCAAACCCUGUAUGAAAGCAGUGUUGCAUUUGGUAUGAGGAAAGCAUUGCAGGCUGAACAAGGGAAAGCAGACAUGGAAAGAAAGGUUUGUUCAUAGGGUGGCGCUGAAACCGUAAACUCCCAACAACAAGCACUCCACCCCCCCUGAAAAUGAGCCCUGCACACCUCAGGUGAAAAUAUCCCUCUAGAACAAUACCUACUGAACCCCACCCAAAGACAUGGGCUUACAUCAGUUAAGGUUUCGAAAGCACCCUGCAUGAAAGUUUGUGCCAACAGCAAUGUAUUGUAACUCCAGUAGAAGACACAGAACUAGCACAAACUGUUAAUGUAAUGAUUGUGCGAUAAGUAAGCUCGUGAAAAUGUGGGAGCAUUCAGAGAAGUUGUGAAAACAGAUGCCAACAGGUUAUGUUCCCAUGGCAUUUCUUGUUCUUCCCAAACUUUUACUCAUGUUUCUACAGGUGCAUAAGAGUAAGUUAGAACUGUAUACAUCUAAACAAAGAUAGAUUUUGCUGUAGAGUAAAACGCUCGUUGAGAGCUUUCAACUAAUGUAUAAGUGCAAACUUGUAACUGUCAUAACAAUUAAGAAAUAGGAGAAGUUUUCCGUGUUUCAUAUAGAAACGAGUCUGAAAUUAAGGGAGAACGAGAAGUGCUGGAGGGACAUAAGCUGCACUUGGGUUUUUCCUCAGCUUUCUCAUAUUCUCCCAAACUUGCCCAGUCAUAUUUUGACUGGCAAAAUGUUUUAAAUUCCCUUUGCUAUUGUGAUCAUGAUGGUAACACCUGACACUACACUGUAGUUCUGUGUUUCUACAGUCAUAGCAGGUUUUCCUACGGAGUGUUUUCCAGUCAACAAUUAGGUUUUCUGUGAGUGAAUAGUCAACGAGCUCGAGGCUUAGCCGAGUUGGCUAUUCGUUCAGAGAAAACAAGGGCGAGUAGUCUUAUUGUUUUAGUAGACACUCCAAAGAAUAAAACCUACAAUUUCCUGUAUUUUAAGCCUAAAAUUAAAAAUAUUCUUCAGUUUCAAGAGCAGCGCGCGCGAUCGUUGUCUGUAGCGUGGGCGAAUAGAAAACGAUGAAAGUUCAACCAAUCAGAUUCGCGGAUUUCCAGUACUGAAAAAACAACUAAGUGGCUUCUAGUGUGUGAUAGGAAAUGAUCAUGUACAAUUAAGACCGAAGUUGAAAAAAAAAGACAUUUAGAGUUGCUAGCAAAAUUCUACAUGUAUUUUGAAAUACAU